AUUUGAAUGUUUGAACAAUAUUUUCCACUGAUGUGACUCUAAACUUUGAAACUGGAGGAAAAAGAGUCACAACAAAGUCUGCUUCACUUGUAACUGUGAAUAUUUUACAGACAUUAACGACUUACAUAAAACUGAGUUUAGUUUCAUCAUGGAGUGAAGUCACGUCUGUGGUGGGUGGAGCCUAAAGUUACGCCCACCUCCGGCUUAAAGGCCCUCACUGAAGGCUGAGAGGUCACAUUCAGCUUCGACUGAAAGUCCGACAGAGCUGCAGUUACCGCCGGACUGUUGUUGGAAUACAAUCAUGAAACUGAUUCAGGAUUCAGAGGACGCAAAGGCCCAAAGAAAGAGUCUCAAACCUCAGGUGGAGAGACGUCGAAGAGAGAGAAUGAACCGCAGCCUGGAGAGCCUGAAGACUCUUUUGCUACAGCAACAGGAAGCGACUCAGCGCAGACUGGAGAAAGCUGAGAUACUCGAGCACACAGUCCUCUUCCUGCAGAACACUGCGACGGGAGACACGACGAGAACUGAAGGUGGUGGUGGAUGCCAGAGACAGUCCUUCCAAGACGGUUUCUCCACCUGUCUGAAGAGAGCUUCUCAGUUCCUGGGACCUGAAGGGAAAGGCCUGUGGCUCGGAGCAGCACUGGAUGCAUCUUUCGCUACUCGCUUUUCCCGUUCAGACUCUGACUCUGCAGGAGUCCAAAGAAGAACUGAAGCUCAGUCCUCCUCCAACUCUCUGCUUUUCAGGAACUCCUCCAGGUCCAUUCUUCGGUCGUUGAUGCACAGGUCCGGUCACAAAGCGUGCACGCCUGCCCUCAGUGCGAACCGUGGAGUCUCACUUCGCUCUCCCACAACUCCCCAGCAGCCCCACAAAGCGGCGAGUCGAGCGAGCAAACAGAGCCCGUCCCAGAGCCAGCCGCUCAGCCAGUCACUGUGGAGGCCGUGGCCCUGAGCUCCACGCAGUGACUCCACAAACUGAACUUUUAAUGACUCUGACAUGCUGACCAAGAUUCACACAGCAGCACGUGUUGUUCUUUUGACUUUCUGCAAAAGUCUGAUACAUUUGUAAAUGUAUACUGUAAAUUUAUUAUGGUCACACCAAGUGCUGCUCCAGCCUUUACAGGCCAACUCCUGUCCACUGUGUCAUCGAUGAUGUAUUUUUGCACCUUAAUUUAUUUUAUUUGUCAUUUGUAAAUAAACAAAAGGAAAAAUC